UCAAGUGCAUACAGAAACUUGUGUUUGCUAGGGGGCAUUUUGUUUUGACUUUUCCUAUUCCCCGGGGCGGCGUCGUCUGCGGUGAUUGGUGAUUGGUGAUUGGCACUUGGCGCCGGCUGGCCUGGGCAGUUGCAUAUCUAAGAUGGAGCUACAGGUGCGUGUGUGGAAUAAGGACUUUGUUGCGUUCAUCAGGCCUUGGAUUCCCAUCAUGCUCGGUCUUCACCUGCAGUUCUGCCGCAGCGCUUCCUGCCCGGAGGAGUGCCGGUGCGACAAGGCUUUCGUCUACUGCAACGAGAGGAGCCUGACUUCGGUUCCUCUGGGCAUCGGCGAGGGCUACAAGAUCCUCUACCUGCACAACAACCAGAUCAACAACGCCGGCUUCCCUCUGGAGCUGCACCACGUGGCUUCGGUGGAGACCGUCUACCUGUACGGCAACCAGCUGGACGAGUUCCCGUUCAACCUGCCCAAAAACGUGCGCGUGCUUCACCUGCAGGAGAACAACAUCCAGACCAUCUCGCGCGCGGCUCUGGCUCAGCUGCUGAGGCUGGAGGAGCUCUAUCUCGACGACAACUCCAUCUCCACCGUCGGGGUGGAGGAGGGCGCGUUCCGCGAGGCGGCGAGCCUCAGGUUCCUCUUCCUCACCAAGAACCACCUCAGCAGCGUCCCCAUCGGUCUGCCCGCCGACCUCAAGGAGCUGCGACUGGACGAGAACCGCAUCGCCGUCAUCGAGGAGGAGGCCUUCGAGAACGUCACCGCCCUCCAGAGCCUGCUGUUGGACGGGAACCUGCUGACGGAUGAGGGGAUCGCCCCGACGGCGUUCCAGGGCCUGGGCAACCUGCGGACGCUGUCGAUGGCGCGCAACUCGCUGAGCUUGCCCCCCUCCCAUCUGCCCGCUGACUUUCUGGAGAAGCUGAACCUGCAGGACAACCAGAUGAAUGAGAUCCCUGUGGGGGCCUUCGCGGGGCUCCACCGCCUGGAGAAACUGGAUAUUUCCAGCAACCAGCUGCAGGGGCUGACACAGGGGGUCUUUGAUGGCCUGCUCAGCCUGCGACAGCUGACCGUGCGGAACAACCUUUGGCACUGCGACUGCGGAAUUAAGUGGGUCAUGGCGUGGUUAAAGACGCUGCCAGCCACCCUCAACGUGCGCGGCUUCAUGUGCCAAACCCCGGAGGGUUUUCGCGGGAUGGCAAUCAGAGAGCUCAACCUGGACCACGUCCAAUGCCCGGGCAGUACAGUGUGGGUGCCAACUCACCCACACCUGCAAACUCACCCUUCUCCCACCACCCCUGCGUCAGUGGCACAAAUACCCCUCUCGUCACCACGACCCACGACCCACGCCUCCCUGCCCCCCUCAUUGAGGGGAGACGUAGAGAGGGAGAAUGCUACAAACUCUUUGGAGCACCCGUGGCAGGAGCCACUGCAGGUGUCUCUCGCUGCGGUCAAUCACACCUGUGUUCAGGUGAGCUGGUUGGCCACCUUCAGUGUCACUGCGUAUAAAAUAACGUCGGUCAAAAUGGGCGAGCGUUUGGUAAAUGAGAGGACGCAGGAGACAAUGGCGGCCGGGGAGCUUAAUGGGAUUUUACUGGCGAACCUGGACCCCGAAUCCACCUAUCACGUUUGCGUCGCCCCCUUAGAUGCGUCUAACAACCACUCCCCUGGACGCUACACGGUGUGUUCUGAGGUCUCGACGCUGUCGGCGCUCGACCCGGCGAACAACGCCGUCGGGCCCGAGCAGGCCACUCAGCAGGACCCGAGUUCCCCGCUCCUGCUGGCCGGGCUCAUCGGCGGCGCCGUCGUGCUGGUUCUGGUUCUGCUUUUGAGCGUCUUCUGCUGGCACAUGCACAGGAAAGGCAGCCCGUCCUCGUCCAAGUGGAAGUACAGCCGGGGUCGGCGGAAAGACGACUACUGCGAGGCGGGGACGAAAAAGGACAACUCCAUCCUGGAAAUGACAGAGACAAGCUUUCAGAUAGUGUCCUUGAACAACGAACAGCUCCUGAAAGGGGCUUUUCACAUACAGCCUAUUUACACGACUAACGGGACUAUCGUUGGUCCGACACAGAGCAACUCUGGGAAAACUAGCACAGGAUAUAACAAGACCAACGGUCCACCCUCAGAUGUUUGCCACACAAAAUGAUUUUUUCAGUGGGAAUGGCAGCGUUUGUACAUUUGUAUCAAAAGCGCCUCUAGAUAUUUAAUUUAUAAUCGAAAAAAAAAAAAAAAUACACAAAUAUGUGCUCUUUGUGUACACUGGUGAAGUGCAUCAUGGUCUAUGAUUUGCCGAUUUCUCCUCUCGCAUCAACAAACAUUUCAAAAAAGCUUCUCUUUUUUCUGUUCUGUGGUUGAGAUUUUGCACAAAUUGUUGUGGCAAAAUAGUAUGUGUUUGAAAUGCAAACGUUCUCAUGAAACUAGGACAUACUGUACUAGGUGCUUUGGCUGCAUUGAUAGUUUGGAAAACAGGGCACAACGUAAAAGAACUUUUGACUGUGCCAUGUGUUAUUUUUACCUUGUUCUCUGAGCAUUUUGGAAAUAUGGUACUUUGGUCAAAUAGGAAAAAUCACAAGAUUUUUGUUAUAUGAAUAAUAAACCUACAGUAUAUUAACAGAUAAGCUAAAUGACAGCUGUAUACUCCGUGUUGAUUACCACAUGAAAAUAAAAACCUUCCGUGAUUCUGUAGAUAAUAUCAGAUGGCUCCU